GCCCAGAGAGACGGGACCAGACGCCAAGCUCAGUGUACUAGCAGUGAAAGAACUUGACAGUGUGACCGACGGCAAUAAUGUGAAAGUAAAGCUUCGCUCUAGACGAAUGUGACUGUUAAUUGUACCAUUACUAAAAGAUUUAAAAGCAAAUCAGUCAGUUUGUUAUUUGAGUGAACAAACAGUCGAAGAAAACACUCGGAGCCCGGUUGUCCGUCAGUGUCAAAAGAGAACUUUCAAAAGUGACCCCACGAAGUGGUGAAGGAAGAAGAAGGCGUGACAAGGUAUAAUUAGAUGAUGACGGAAGACGCCGUUGAUGUCAUUUCGGAAGGGAGAUAGUGAGCAUUCUUUCGGAUAGUUGUUGAUCCAAUGAGGUGACAUUAGCAAUGGGGACGUUUCAGAAGUUCUGCCUGCGGUGGAACAAUCACACCACAAACCUUCUUGGGACCCUUGGACAUAUUUUGUCGUCUGAGCAACACACGGAUGUGACAUUAUGUUGUCAAGGCGAGGUGUGGCGUUUGCACAAGCUGGUAUUGUGUGCUUCUAGCAGUCAUUUUGAAAAAUUGUUAGGAGCUCUUCCACCUGGUCAGCCACCCAUUGUGGUACUUGAUGGGCCACAUCCACAGGAUGUUGCCUCAUUAAUACAAUUCAUUUAUCAUGGAGAGGUUAAUGUGGACCAAGAAAACCUUGCAUCUCUUUUGCGUACCGCAGAGAGUCUUAAGAUUAAAGGACUUGCUGAGGUAUCUUCGGUAACAAGCAGUAGCAGUGCUGAGCACAAGAACCAAAGUGACGGAGAGAGCCAAAGAUGUGUGAAUCGGGGUCGAUCAAGACCCAACAGCUGUCAGCCUACUCCUAUAUAUACAUUAGGAACUGAAUAUCCAGUAGGAAUGUAUGGCCUUGUUACACAGGCAAUAUCACCACAAACUCAAAUUGUACCUGAUCAUGUUGAGCGGGACCCAUCACCCCUUAAUCUAUCUUUCAGUGGAACCUUAAAAAAUAUCCAUGAUGAAACCCCACAGGAAAGACAGGAAAGAAGGAACCGACUUGAUAAUUUACUCUAUGCAGCUACUGAGCGAAGUAAAAAGGAGGAGAGACGAGAAGCUCGAAGAGAAGCCAGAGAAGCUGCUCUACGAGAAGCUGCAGCUAUGCGAGAAGCUUCUGUGAUGGUAACUCAAGAUACCUCAGUUCUUCCACCUGUGGCAAAACGGCCGCGUGUGGCAGAAGGUUCUCAAAACAACACCCUUCCUGCUCACACAGCAUUUCAAAUUCCUUUAAUGAAUUUGACUUUACCGCCUGGUGCUGCUACAUCUUAUGUAACUUCACAUUCCACAACAACUACUCAGACCCAACCAGUGGUUUAUGAGACUGGACCCCAUGCAGAAUGUCUUGCAGCAGUUUCUCAACAAGAGCCAAUGCAUGAACAUCAAGAAAUGGAAGUUGUCACCUCAAAGUCACCUGUUAAAACAGAAAGAGUUGAGGUUUUAAGUGAUACAAGUGCCAUAGAGGAAGUAGCAGUGCAUAGUGAUGAAAGUGACACACAGAGUGCUCCUGAAACUCCAAGCGAUCUCACUACUACAAGUCGAGCACGUGCAACAACACCCGUCCCAACUUGUACCACUACAGCUACUCAAGUUAGUCUGUCCAGCUCUGGUGCCAUAGAUGAUGUUAGUUCGUCAUCGGCUUAUACUACUCCGGCCAGCACAGCCACCCUUACCAGUGCCACUAACACUGUAACAGUUUCUCCCCCAUCAGAAUCUGGAGAAGAGAAAGUUCCCCCCUAUUUUCACACUAUUCUUCGUCAAGUGGCGGAGGGAAAUACUAAUGGGGAAGCUGUUUCUACCAAUGCACAACGAGUAACAAUCAACAUGCGAACAUUUAAGGAAGAAUGGCGCCGUCAGCUGUUAGUUGAUUACAACACAAGAACCAAUAUGAGUAUCUGUAUGCUUUGCUUUACUACCUUCAAAUCAUAUGAUGGCCCACGAAAGAACACUUAUGUGAAACAUGCAAAGCGAUUCCACCCGUCUUUAGAAGAAUACUCAGAAGAAGAAAGAGAUCUCAUCAUUAGUAUGUAUGAAAAAUACCACAAGUAUGAUGUGGAUAUGCAGAAAGAAGUCAACAAGUCUUACAGGGCAGCAAAUGCUAUAGUAGCUCUAGGAAAGAAGGGCGCUAAACAAAAUGAGGCGGUAACUGACGUUCCAACUACUACUGGAACAAAUGGUGUUGCAGCUAAACAAGAGACUGUUGAACAGGAAGCUCAUGAUGAAGGUGAAUCAGCUACAGAAAACAUACAUAUUAAAGAAGAAGCUGCUACAAGUUCAGCAUGUAAGAGUCUGUCUCAUUCUCCAGAAAGUGAAGUUAGUUCUGAGGGCAAUGACAAGGGCACUGAAACUAGUGAAGAACCAAGAGAAAAAGUGAACAAUAACAAUGUCUCUGUUGCUCCACCGGUUAAGAGAAGUCAGAUGAGCACAAGAGCCAAGACGGCCACCGCAACAACAGUGAGUGUGUGACCUUAAAUGAGAAUAUUUAAAUUUGUGAAAAUUUUAAAUUCCUGUGGGUUUUUAUUUGCAAUUUGUAUCCAUCUUAGAUUCAUUUUAAUUGUAUGCAUGGUGUAUGAAUUGCAGUAUUUAAGCCCAAAAUGGGUUGUGCCAUUAGAAUUGAGUGUUCCUUUGCCAAUGACUCUUUGCUCCUUACAUUCACACAUUUUAUCAGUGAUGCUGUGAAACAAAUCCUAUGAAAGAAAAUAAUAAUAUUCCACAUAUUACUAAUAAUGAAGUGCUUUUUGAUGUCUGCUGGCACCACAUGUAGUUUGUAUGUAGAAGGCAGUUGUGUCUUCUAGUACAGUGUUAGUUAUUGAAUUUUAGUGAUGGUAUUGCACUGCUGCAUAAUUUGGACUACACUUCACAUAUUGCAUUCUUAUAUGGAUUAGAAAUUAAUUGAGAAUGUAAUCCAUUUUAGAUCUGGAGUAGGAUGUGCAUUAAGUUUCCAUUUACAUAUCACCUGAACUGAUGCAUCAUACUACUACUAUUUUGUUCGUUUAUAGAAACAAAGAAGCCAUAUCAGUGUGCUCAAAAUGACAGAUUUUAUAUAAUCAGGGGAUAGGCUCUCAUAGGGUUAAAUAGUGAUUGCAGUAUAUUUUGAAAUAAUGACCAGAUCUACAAGUACUAUACAGUACUGUUAUAAUGUAUUCUGUAAGAUACAGACAGGUUAAAGAUAUCAACUAGUACCCUGCAUUUGUUGCUUUCACUGAUUUAUUGGGUCUCUAUUUAUGUACCAAAAAAAAAAAAAAAGAGUAUGAUAUAUUAAAAUAAUUGGUUGUUAUUGUUCUUGAGCACUUGUGAUAAAUGCUGAGUUUUGCUUAAAUUUUAUGCUUUGAUAUCAGCAGUGUUUUAAUGAAUUAUUACUCUUAACCUUUGGAAUAUGAAUAUCAUAAUCUCACCUGUGACAACCAACAAUACCCUUAAACUUAGAAUCAUCAUUGUGUGGUGUCAUUUUUUUUUCAUGAGAGAUCUUAGCAUUAUGUUCGUAGAAAUGUGCAGAAGAAAAAAUUCCACAAAAUAUUCAAGUUUAGAAACAUAUAUCCAGAUAUUUAUUUUAAUAUGCAUUAGUGCUUCACCAAACAAAUUAUUGCUGUUAAUUUUAGUAAUAUUAAUGGAAUUAGAAUGAAAACAUACCAAACAGCAUGUGGCUUAACAUUAUGAGAAUUGUAAAAUAUAACAGAGGUUUAAUUUAUGCUUUGCCCAAGUAUGUUUUUAUAAUUGGUAAAAAAGUGUGAAUUUGAAAGAAGAGUUUUAUCGUGUUACAGAUGAAGAAAAAUAAUGAAGCAUAUCAUGACUUGUAUAAUAUCAUUGUUGCCAUAUCAAGGUAAGGAAACAGCUGCCAUAUCAUAUUAUAAUGAGCACUACUUAUUAUGUAGGAGUAGAGGAAAUCCCUAUAAACCCUGUGCUAGCUGCUUCGUAUGUUCUUUGCCAAAUCAUUUCUCUGUUCUGUGUCAUUACAACAUUGUCUUUCAUUAUUAACAUGAGGUGAUUUGAAUGCUGUAUAUUUUUGUGCGCUUGUGAUUAAUUGCGAAAUCUAGAGAUUACCCAUUUGGUUGAUAUGCAAUCAGUGGCCAAACAUUUAAGAUUUUUAUUGUGCCAAAUAUAACGUAAGUUUUGCCUAUGUUUAAUUGUCAUGUUCAAGAUGUUAAAAGUUAUUUUAUUGUGUGUCCUGCCAGUUAUUUAUUAUUGAUAUUCAUGUAUUUUUUUUAUCAAUAUUCUCUUCUGUUAUUGUUGAAAUCCUGUUGUUUUAUUUCUCUCAAACUUUUUCCCAUUUCUUCUCAGAGAUGGCAAGUUUUUUUUUUUUUUGCUAUAAAAGAAGACUUUUUGUCAAAAUACACUAUAUUUUGGAAGUGAAUUGGAAUUCUGUAUAUCGGUUGUCUAUAAAAACGUUAUUUCACUAAGUUACACCUUCCCUAUUAUUAUAUUUUUUACCCAGUAUAUUUAUGCUAUGUUGAGAGGAUUUCUAUUUCAAAUUUAUCUUUUGAAUAUUUUCCUCAGCUACCUGAAAAAUAUAAAUUUCUUUCUAAUACUGUUCAUACUGUAGUUGAAAUCCUACUAUUGUGAUAUUGAUAAAAUAGUGAUUAGUAUUGAAUCCUCACCAAGAUAAAUAUUUUGUUAUACAUAUAUAUGUUUGUUAAGAAACUUGAUAUAUCUUACACUAUAGUUUUAAUUUAAAGGUUCUUUCUUCUCUGGUUUUACAACCUUUUCAAUCUUUUUUAAGGACUCUCUGUACCCAAUCCAUACUUCACCUCUUGAAAAUAGAAAAUGUGAUGAGUACUUUCUGAAAAAUGUUAUGUUGAAAAUAGCAGUUGUAGAUAUGGAGUUAUUGACUAAACUGAUUCUCUCAGUUUAUUGUAUAAAUAUUUUUUAAGGAAAACUAUUGGAUCACCCUUAGCAGAAUUCAUUGCUUACUGUUGCAGCUAUGCAGCAGAAUUUUUCUAAGGUCCAUUUCCAAAAGUGCAGCAAGAAAUUUACAAAUGUAGCAUUGACAUUAAAUUUUAAAAAGGGACAUAAUGCUGUAUAAAACUCUCAGCCAGCCAUGGUGGCCUGUGUUGUUGCAGUGCCAGACACACAGUCAUGGCUAACUUUAACCUUCAAUAACGUAAAAGCUACUGUGGGUAGAGGGCUGCAAUUUGGUAUGUUUGAUGAUUGGAGGGUGGAUGAUCAACAUAUCAAUUUGCAGCCCUCUAGCCUCAGUGCAUAGUUUUUAACUUCUGAGUUUAGACAGAAAAAUUGCAGGCAGAGAGACAAAGCCACCUCAAUAAUUUUCAUUCAUGGAAAACUAAAAAUAAGAAAGAGUCGUCACUUAGCCUCAGAAUUGCCCUGAUUUAGGCCUCGAUUCUUGCUUCUACAUGUUAUAGAAGUAGAAUUCAUUAUAUAUUUUUAAGCUAUGAAAUGCAAUAGACAUCAUAAGAACUGAUUUGCUUAAGUAUACAGUUGUAUUUCAGUAAUACUAUUCAUUAUAGUCUGAUGCAGAUUUAGGAAAUAUGUAUUGUGAUUUGGAGUGACUUCAUUGAGGCAUUUGGUCUAUAAGUUGUGUAUGUGUUUUGGGCUUUCACCUAUUUAGAAUAAAAUAUUUCAUAGGACAAGUAGAGGUUGGAGAGUUUAUUCUUUUGCUUAAUUUAACAUUCUCCUAACUGCCUGUAACAUCUACAUAUGUAAGAAGUACUCAGCUCAGUUUCCAAAGGUUGUUUGUUACUAUGUUGUCUGGUCGACAAUGCUCAACCAUUUGGAGAUGAAUAAUUAUUGCAUAGAAAGUUAUAAAGAAAGAAAAAUAUUUACCUUUGGAGAGGUAAAAGGUGUGGUAUAUGGUUUUGUAAACUUCUUUCAUUAAACUUUUAUAGUCUUAUAUAAAAGUUGACUUUCAGAAAUUUCAUUUUGCUCUACUCUCAAAAUACUGUAGUCCUCUGUACAGUACAUAUAUCACAUGGCAUAUAUAUGUAUAGUGUAAGUAUUUUUCCCUCACAUUACAAGUCUCAAUUAAAGUUAUGUUCCCACAACGUAAGAAAAAUGUUUAUUUACUUAUGAUAUAAGACACUUUACAAUAUUAGGAUUAUCAGCUCUCUCUCAUUUCUUUUACAGUAUGUCUAGGACUUUACUCUGCUUACAAAAAGCUAUGUUUAUGAGCUAAAAUUUCUUCAUAUUCUUUGUGGUGGACAGAUUUAUACAGUAUUGAUAUAUUUUAAUAGUAGUCUAUAGAUUUUGAAUCUGCACCAACUUAUCUUGCCAUAUUCACCUUUAGAGAUUUAAUGCAGAAAUUGCAAAUGUACAUACCUGAUGCUCGUGCAUGUUUUAUACUCUUAUUGCUAGAUGUAUGGUUCUCCAAUCAAAAUCUCCUGAUGGUUCCAAAACUGUCUGUAUUCGCUAGUAAAAAAAUAAAGCUUUGCCUAUAUAUAAAGUAGUAAAUUGCUCUAUGUAAAAGGAAUCGUUCUAAGCAGUGUAAUAUCCAUUUACAAAAUCUUAUUCUCUUGCCAAUAUUUUGGCUUCAUUAUCCUGAGCUCUUUGAAUACUGUAGAUGAGUGAAUACAUUAUGACAAUUUUGGUAGUCAUCUUUUUAUUGCAUAUCAGUUCUACACGAAGCUUCCAAUUAAGUGAUAGUGUAAUAUUUUAUUAUUAUUAUUAUUAUUAUUAUCAAGAUCCAUUAUAAUUAAAAGUCUUGUUAAUGAACAGUGAUUACUGUAAGGGAGUUUGCCCAGUUUUGUAUUAAAGUGAAUACUAUUUCACUAAUCUGCCACACCUCUUUGUGAUAUAACGUACAGGAAAAUAGUUCAUUUGAAUGUUUGAAGUACACAUUCUGUAAUUUUUUUAUUGAUAAAAUAUAUUUGUACAUAUUUAAUAGGAAUGCUGUUCAGAAUUACAGAUUUUGAUAAUUUACUGUGUAAUUUUGUGAUUCUUUCCCAAUACAGAGGGAUAAAUGAGAAUGUGAGUUUUUGAGUCAGCCAAGUUAUUUUCUUAAUUCAUGUCUGAAGAGUUCUGAGUACAGAACCAUAUUUUUAUAUUUUUUUAUGAAUAUCAUUCCAGUCAGUUACAAUUAAGCUUUUAAGAAAUAUUGUGUUCACAUUUUUUUUAUUUGUAAUUACCAUAAAUUUCAAGGUGGUAAAAAAUUACUUGCCAGUAGUAAAUAAGGGUUAUAUGAGGUAGGUAUUGGAAAGGAAUGUUUUAGGAUGCUACUUUUUCUAGAUUCUAGAUACUAUAAUAUUACAUCACCAAGCAGAGAAUCUUGAGUAUUAAGCACAGGCCUCACGGGCAGAAGUACUAAUGGCUGUAAUACCUAAUUCAACUACAUUACUGAUUUUGACCCAUUGAAAAUUUGUUUUGUUUUGUUGGUUCAAUGUUAAACCAAUAAUGCAAGUAUUAUUAAUACCUUUUCAGUUCGUCACAAAAUAUUCAAUAAUUUGAUAGUACGUAAUAGACAAUAUUCACCUUCAUUUUACAGAAAAUCCUAUGACGCAAAUUCUGUAGUAAUACAUAAUAACAUUUUCAGCUGUUUAUAGAAUUCAGCAACUGAAAACUGAAAUUGAAACAUCAGGAAGUUUACCUUUAAAAUAAUUCUUUUAACCUGAAUUUUUGGGUCCAUUUGAAUUACGUACAUAAGCACUUGCUUGCAUAAAAAGGUCAGAAAACUACUCAUAAAUAAUCAUGUGCAUAAUAAAUACCAUUAAACCGAUGUCCUAAAACAAUUCUUUUCCAUUUAAGCCUCAGUAGAACCUUAGUUUACCUCAUACUUAUUUCAGGCACAGCUUUAAUGCAAUGUAAUAAUAAGAUUUUAUAAAAACAAAAAACUCAAGCUUGCUAGCAAGCCAACAUCUUUUGUACUUUGUUUUGUCAGGUUGGAAAAUGCCCAACAGUACUUCAUAUUUAACCAUAAUCAUCAUUCCAUAACAGGUUUGAUGUUAAAUGCAAGUAGAUAUUAUUUUGCGCCUGAUCAAUGAUAACAUGGAAAUUUCUGUUUUUAAUUUUUUCUCAGUAUAUUCUAACUAGCUUAAUUAAUAAUGUUGUAGAGGCUAUUACUUUCAUGAAGAGACACAGUUAUCAUGACUAUUCACCUUUUUUUAUAUAUUUACAAAAUAGUUUUAAGUAUUGAGGAUUUAUAAAAUGAAGUAAAAAACUGCUUAGACUAUGGUCAUUCACCAUUUUGUCUGUUGCCAAAGCAUUAUAUUACAAUUUUCACAUGAAAAGUCUUGCUGACUGUGGCCUUAUAUAUAUUUUUCUUUUUCUUUUUUUUACAGUUUAUGAACUUAUGCUUGAUAGAUAUGAUUAGCUGUUAUUGCUCAUUAAUAUAAUUUAAUGAAACAAUUAAUUUCUUGUAUAUAAUUGGUAGCGAAGUUUAUUAGGAGCACAUAAUUGCAUUUCAUAUCUCGGCAAAAGCCCUUAGCAAGAAAGCUAAUGUGAUUCAUGUAAUGGCCAACGUGGAUAGCAGGUUUCCUGUUGAUUUUGAUAGAUAUGAAAAAAGUUUUGCAUUUUUAAAAAAACUUUUUCUUCUUGUGAUGUUAUUUUCAUUCUUUGAAGGGAUUCCCUUAAGGAAUUAACCUUGGGCUAAGAAACAUUUUGUACACAUAAACCAUAAUAGUUAUGGUUUUUUUUAUGAAGUUCAUAUGUUUCUGUUAAGUACUUUAUUUUUUCAUGAGCAGAAACCUGCAGAAUUAUUUUAUUUUUUCUGAUUUAGGAGCUAAUGUGAAAAUUAUGCAUGUUGAACUUAUCCCAGUUUACUGUAAUGUACGUUGUUUUCAGGCCUUGCUUCCCGUAUAAAAAAAUUCCCUCCCAAGGAAAAGAAAACUGCUUAAAGCUGAGAUACUUACUUAGAUUAACAAGAGAUAAGAGUAAAGUUUUCAUACCACGGACUGUCACUGAAUAUACAUAUAAUAUUACAGAGGACAGUGUGAUACGUACUUACUAGUUACAAAUUCCCUUUGGUCAUUGCUUAAUUGCAUUAAGCAGCAGUGAGCAAGCAGGAAGUUUCUAAAAGUACUUGUAAAGUGACAAAGUCCUCAAGUUUUAUAGAAGUUAGAUGGUAAAUUGAUGAGAAAAUUAUUGUACGUGCAAUUAGUUGACUGUUUUGUGAAGGAAAAUUUGUUCUGGUAAAACUGAAAUUUGUAGAGUGCAGUUCUCCAGGGUUGAUGGUUUACUUUUAUAUGAAUCAUGAAACAUUUUACAAAAGCAUUUAUUGUUCCAGAUCCAUAUGCCUUAUUUAUCUUAGGCUUAAAGGUGUUUCUAUAUUUUUUUUUCAAUAUGAAAGCUGUCUCCUAGUUAACUAAGCACCUUGCUAAGGGUUAUACUAUGCAAAGGUAUUAAUAGCACAAUACAGUACAUAUACAGUACGUAUAUAUAAAUGAUAUGCAGUAAUUAUAUCACAUACUUCUCCCUCCUGUAAAAGAAUUUUUAUUUUUUCUCUUGUGUAAUAUUUCACAUUUGCAAAAGUUUGUAAAAUAAUGCUAUAUAUGUAUUGCACAUAGGGAAAUAUAUAUAAAUAUAUUUAUGGUUUUAAAAGCAGCUCAAAUACUAUCGAGUUACUGUACUAAGAUUUAUUGUUUAGCUGUGAUGACUCCAGACCAGUGUUGUAACAGAGGUUCCUUAUCACUGACUUAUUCUGUUUCAGUUUUCCAAAGAAAAGCAUGUCAAAUUAUUUGGAAACUCUUUUCAAGUGAAUCUGAAGUUCUCUGUUUGUAAAUAUGUUAAUAUUCUACUCGGGGUCACAGCAACAAGUAGUACAGUCAUAGUAUAGUAGAUGAUUUUACAUAGACAGGAACAGUUGUUACUUAUUUAUUUGAUUUCUUAAAUUGGUGCCAUAUAAAGAAAUGCUGUGCCAAACUUUGCAAAUUCACACUCAAAAUGGGAAAGCACUCUCCUUCAGUUCUUCCUUCUUGAUUGUUAAAGAUACCUUAGAGUCUUUAUGUUAAAGAUAUUGGAAAAAAACAUACAGUAAUUAUAGUUUUGUAAAUAUUUUAAGUUGCAUUGUGGUUUCCAAUCUAAGCGUUUAGAGCUUUAUUAUGUAUUUCAUAGGAACAGACUCAUUUAUUAUGAGUACUAAAGUGUUUGUUCUUUCAUUAUUUCUUAGCAAGGUGAGAACUGCGCAGCAUUUGCUAUCAUCUUGUUGAAAGUGCUGUAUUGUUUUCAAUAGCUUGUAACAAAAUUGUUUAUAUAAGCAAUCUUUAGGUGUAAAUUCUGCUGUAACUGGUAUUGCCAAUUGUAAAUGGCAAAAAGGAUCAUAAUUUCUUUACUUUUUUGUUGUUACCAUGCUGUAGGUCAAGUAUGUGGAAGAUUAACUCAUCACUUUUAAAUUUACAUUACGUAUACAGACAUUUAGGUAACUGUCAAAGUAAAUUCAAAACUUUGUGUGAUAAGUUUAGUUCUGAAAAUAUAUAUCAUGGAAAUUGUUUGUUACAUUUCUUUAAAGCUUAUAUGAAAGUUAUGGAUAUGCAAUAGUUUUUCUGUUAAGGUACAGACCAUGCCUGUUAUUCGUGCCAAUUACGUAUGGAAUAUUAAAUGCAUCAUAUAUCCAGUUAUGAAAAUACAGAUGCUUAUUAGGAAAAAGAUUGUGGGGAAAAACAUAAAUAUAAUAUGUACUUGGUAGGAAGUUUCUUCAAGAAUGUAGCCAUUCCCUGGCUGGGACAAAUGAAAGUAAAAACUUGUUAUAUAACAAGAGAUAAUGCUUUGUAAUGAGAAACAUAUUAGCAGUGAAAUAAGACUAAAAAUAUGGAGAGCUAUCUUUCAAGAUUGAAACAUAAGCAUGUAAAGAUGAACCCAAAAUUAAGGUACAAUGUACGAUCUGCUCAGUGUGGAAUCACAUUAUAUGCAGUAGUACUAAUGGUGGCUUACAGCAUUCAUUCAGCUCAGCUUGAUUAUUUUCUGUCAUUUUACUUUUACCUGUUUCAUUGGGUCUCUUCCUACCUAACUGGCCAAUAUCAUUCAUUAAAUCAAUCCUGCUCCAAAUUUCAUCUCAUGUUUAAGAUAAAAUCUUUUGGGGCCAACUCUACAAACCUAGAAAUGUUACCCAGAACUGGUGAAAUCCUUUUACCAGAUAUGAUGUAAUAGUAGUUACAGGCUAUUGAAAACUAACAAUUGCAUUAGUACGUAUUCAAAUGCCACAUAUAUUCUUCAAAAGGCUUUUCACGUUUUUCCUUAAUUGCAAGUACUACCGGUAAUCCAGUAUAAGCUGAUUUUCCAUGAAUUUAUAUAUUUUUAAUACCAUUCUGCAUCCAAUUACCAUUUUAUUACUAUUUUUGCCUUUAGAAGCAUAAUUAGUAUAUUCACAUUUUGAAUAUUUUAUUAAAUUUCUUAUCCCAACCACUUUCAUUUGUUUUAAACUGCAUGGCUUUUAAAACACUGAGAUGCAUUAACUUUAACAAUGUAUGACAACUGUAAGUUUCAUUGAAAGCUGUGAAUUCCCUUUGGCUUUCAGUUGCACUAACCAGUACGGUAUAGAAUAAGCCAAGUACUUGCAAUUUAUAAGUCAAAUGGGCAAAAAAUCUAUUCAUUCCUAAGAAUGCAUUCCUAAUCAUUCCAUAAUGUUGUUCAUUUUAUUUUUGUAAUUUUAAAUUGUUCCAAUUUGUAACAGGAAUGUGCUGUGAGCAACACUCACGUCACUUUCCGCGACUGAUAUCACUGUUAAGAGUUUUGUUAAGUUUUGUGUCCAAAGUAACUUAAGACUGAAUUCUUAGAUGGCAUAGCACAAGCAAUAAGCUAUAGCACUUUCUUCAUUUAUAGUCUUAAAACAGCAUUAGUCUUUAACUCAAGUAAUACCAUAGUUGUAUUUAGCUGCCAUAUCAAAGAUACAUAUCUUCACUUUGACUUCCUUCCUUCCAUAAUUGUUAUUAAUGUGUACUCAUUUUGUAUAUUUUAUAUUAACAAUACUGUAACUGUUACAUUUAUGUUGGAAACACAGUAAUAAAGACAGUAAUAUGAA